AUCGCCCUCUCUCGAAGCGAUGUCGUCUCUCUCUUCUUCCUCUCUUCGCAUCCUCUCUCCCAAAUUCCCAUCAAAGCCCUCCUGUUUCCUUUGGAAAAGCCUCUCCUUUCUUCCCUCAAGAUCCCUCCUUUUAUCCUCCCCCAUCUCCUUCCAACCCCUCCCCAGAUCCUCCCCCCUCCCCCAACCCCUCCGUGCCCGGCCGCAGCAGCGGGAGGAGGAGCAGACCGCCGGCGUCGACCUCUCCCUCCUCCCUCCCAAGCUCCGGGACAUCAUCGUCCUCUUCCAGUCCGUCUCCGAGCCCAAGGCCAAGUACCAGCAGCUCCUCCACUACGGGGCGCGGCUGCCCCCCCUCGACCCCGCCUUCAAGAACGAGGAGCACCGCGUGCGCGGCUGCGUCUCCCAGGUCUGGGUCCGCGCCUUCAUCGACCCCGAGGACGCCGCCGCUGUCCGCUUCGAGGCCGAUUCCGACUCCGUCCUCACCAAGGGUCUGGCCGCCCUCCUUGUGCUUGGCCUCUCGGGAUCCCCUGCCCCUGUGAUCGCCCGCGUGCCCCCUGACUUCGUUCACCUCCUCGGCCUCCGGCAGAGCCUCACGCCAUCUAGGAAUAAUGGCUUCCUCAACAUGCUCAAGCUCAUGCAGCAGAAAGCCCUCCAGCUGCAUGCAGAUGCUGCUGAUUUCAAGGAUAGUGAGGCUCUCGGAACCGAUAGAUUAGACACAAAUACAAAAGAUGAAUUUUUUGAGGGAAAAGAUCCGAUUUUGGGUGGAAAAGCCAAUGAAAUGAGCACAGGUCCCGACUCAGUUGUUAAUGGUGGCAGAAAUUCACCAGGUUAUCAUGCUUCAGAUGUAGAAGAGAGAUUGGAAGAAGAUAGGGAUGCUGUUGAUAUGACUCCGAUAAGUCCACAAGCUGCAUCCGGUGGGAGAAGGGAGAGGAUGAUCGAGAGAUUGGAGAGAGGGCUAUGUCCGGUGUCAUUAGAGGUGGAGGACAUAUCUCAUCUCCACGCAAGCCAUGCUGCAGUUAGGGGGAGCGCUGGUGGAGAGACUCAUUUCAACGUUAGGGUUAUCUCAAGGGAGUUUGAAGGGAAGAGUUUGGUGAAGAGGCACAGGCUUAUUUAUGAGCUUUUGCAAGAGGAGUUGCAGAGUGGAUUACAUGCUCUCUCUAUUGAUGCAAAGACUCCAUCUGAAGCGCAAUCUAGUUAAAGAAGAAUUAGUUGUGACAAGGACAGUGAUUAUUUUGAUUGGACCAAAUGUCAAUUUGUUGAAUUAUUGAACAAUAACAAGGCAUCAUUCCUAAUCAUUUGGGGUUGGACUGAUGGAGCUUUUCCGGCUGUUUAUCUCUCUUCAUGACAGUGGUUGUUUUGAUUGUGCAAUCUAGUCUUCAACUCCAUCUUAUGCUAGAUUGGUACUGUAUCUAAUGUAGCAUCAAUAUAAUAAAUUCCUUAUUUGUUUUUUCAAGAAGAGCUAUCACUGAUCUCAACAUCCUUUUUGGGUUAAUAUAACUCUGGAUAUGUUGCUUCUUGACUGCCAACAUUUUUUAUAUGCAAAAUAUGGCUGCAAUACCCUCGUAUGAAGUAUUUGAUUAGUUAUGCAUGCUUUACAACUUCACUUGCAGUCCAUGGUGAAGGUAAUUAAAGUGCCAUUGAUUCCCUAGCCUUGUUACUUGUUACACAUUUCUGAUAACCUUAGUGUAAAAGUAAUGGUACAAUCUUCCCGACAUGUAAGACUUAAUGUGUUUUUUGUUCAACAUUUUUGUCCCAGUUAAGUCUGUUCAUCACCCAAUCCUAUAGCUUCUAAAUUGGGCAAUAUAAAUCAUGAAUUUUUUAUGCCUCUGAUUAACCAUUUAAUACUCUACAUUGAGAUUUCUUUCACAAAUAUUAGAAACAGUUUCUGCCAUAAAUUGCAUCCUUCUCUUGGCAUAUUUUGACAUAUUUUGUGUACCUUCAUGUUCCUUUGAUUGUUUGAGCAUGCAUCAGACUCUUGUCUAUGAUCAUAAUUUGCAUUUUUGGACAUUUAUAGCAUGAUUCUAUUCUGUGUUUCAUUGUAUCAGGAUUAGAUUGUGUCAGCAAAUCACUUUUGUUACAGACUCAUGUCUAUGAACUUUGAUUUUACCAUUUAGAUGUUAAUUAUUGACACCUCUUGGAGGCCAAUGGAUCAAAGAAGAGAGGGGGAGGUACUUGGGCAGGGACUAGAAUGGGUCUUAUUUGGCAUCUAGGGUUGUCUGGCGGACUUCAGCCAAGCAUUUAGAUCUUAUUGGCUAACUUAUAACAGAAAGGGAUUACUGUUACUAUAUACAGUAACAUGCUUGCAGAUAUCUACUUGAGACCAGAAAUCUCCAAACUGUUGUUCAUACUGAAAACUAUUCCAGUAUGCCACUCUCUCCAACGCCUCCCUGCCAUAUAGUAUGCAUGUUUGAAUUCCCAUCAAGAUAAUGUUCAUUCUAUAGUGUUGACUUUAGUAGGUUACGCAUGGUGAAACUGGGAAGGCCCUACCUGUUAGAAAUUGUUGGCAAGGCUGAGAGAUGCUACCAGAUUAUGCAGUUCGGUACUGUUUGUCAAAGGAGGAGUGCAGCUUGCAACUGUCCACAUUGAGUUGAAUGUAUGAUAAUUAUUUUGCACAAAAAGAUGCGUUGGGUUAUAGGUUUAGGGAUCAAAAGGAUCUGAUGUUACUCUAGUAAUUUAAUUUUUUGCUCUGCUCUGGUUAUCCUUGUGAUAGAGACUGCCAGCAAUUUAUGCUUA